CAUGAUAAGGACUUUUGGUAUUAUCUAAUUUACUUUUAACUUUACUUCAUUUUAUAGAAUAUAAUGCUUUUAAUCAGAUGAAAAAUAACAUUGUUUUAUAUUUUGUCUAACUCUUUAACCAAGAUGAAUAAUUGAUGAGAUUUUACUAAAUGUGAUACCAAAAUAUCCAAAGGCCAACAUAAAUAGUAUAAGACAUCAUUUAUAUCACAAAAACAUUGAUUGGACCUUAUUUUUUCAAAGUCCUAAAAUUAGUUUGCGUUUAUUGUGAUUAAUUCAAGCAUUGAUUCAAUCAUUUUGCACAAUUUAGUGUUAUUUUUUAAGCAUAGAUUGUUAAAAAAUCGCCCCACUCCCACAAGCUUAAAAUCUUCAUCUAUUGCUCGCAAUACAUUGC